ACCGAACCUUGAAAGCUCAGUCCCACCUAACCCAGCCCAAACAAGCCCAAUACCAAACCCUCGCAGCCUCCCAGUCCCACCCACACAACCGAGAGAGAUGAGCAGCGGCGGCGCGGACAAGUCCGGCAGCGGCGGCGGAGGUGCUGGUGGGCCGGUCAAGACGCCGUCAGACUUCCUCAAGUCGAUCAGGGGCCGCCCCGUCGUCGUUAAACUCAACUCGGGCGUCGACUACCGAGGUAUUCUGGCUUGCCUGGACGGUUAUAUGAACAUUGCGAUGGAGCAAACCGAAGAGUACGUGAACGGCCAACUGAAGAACAAAUAUGGUGACGCUUUCAUAAGAGGCAACAACGUCCUCUACAUCAGCACGUCGAAGCGGCCCCUCACCGACGGAGCAUAGGCCAAGUGGAGCAUUCACAUCAUCAUCAUCAUCAUCAUGUAAUUUCAAGGUCGUUAACCCGAUUAUUGGUUGUGGUGAACUGGUGAUCUGACUGGUGCUGCCUUUGUCACUCUCGUACCUGCUGUCUGCUAUAUUGCCUGCUGACGGAGACUUAUCUGGAACCAUUUCGACUCGAUGUUAUCUGUGUUUUUUAGCUUCUGAGAUGUUUGUGUCCAAGAUUCUGCGUUCGAUAUAGAUAAGAUUUGUGUUUC